CAUUAAAAAAAACUCAAUCAGUUUUUAAACCGGGGAUUGUUAACAGUGGUUCGGUUGUGUUCUUAGACGUAUAAUAUAACUUUGAAAAUUUGGUUUUAUCAACAGAAAAGCAUUACAAAAAAUUCAAUUUUUAAUCAAAGAAAAAAUCUCCGGCAAUAUUACUCCCGGCGUGACGUCGCACAUUGUGAAAAGUGAUUUUUUUUUACGAAAAGAAAUUAAAGUGAGUGAAUCAAAUAAUUACACGUUGCAUUUUAAUGCAACAUAAUCAAAGCAUACAGGUGGUCGUUACUUAUAAGAAAGUGCAGUGAGAAAAUUGCGACAAUAUUCAUUGUGUUAUUAAGCAUUUAAAUGGCCAACUCAAGUAAAUAAAGUGACUGCAUUGAAAAAUAUCUAACGGAUACAUUUAUGUAUCUUUCAGUUGAGAUUUAAAGUCUCCGUACGCAAAACUUAAUUUGAUUAAUCUUAAACGGAGCGUCUAUCAAUCCGAAUACAUGAACCGUAUAACAUAACGUUCAUAUACUUCUUGUGAUUAUAACCGGUUCUUUCAUUGAAUUAAUUGAAUUUAUUACUUUUUGUGGAGCAAUUGAAUUUAUGCAGCGUGCUGACUGUACUCAAGGUAGAAGUACUCAACAAUAGAAUUUUAACAAAAAUAUUCUUGGCUCAUUCAUCCAUGUGUUGAGAACACACGAAAAUACAAACACACUCAGGUACAAACAGAGUGAAUUUUUGAGCGACCUUAUCCGGAUGUCUCGACAUCGUUGAUUGUGUAUUUUUCUGGACUUAUUCGAACGUGAAUUUUUACGGUGCAUUUUAACAACAGCAACAUAAAAAUGAAUAGCUCGGGUCAACGAGGUCACUCAGGGUGUGGACUUAAAAAUAAAUUUGCUGAUAACAAAGUGUUCAAUUGAACUGAACCAUAUGUUUCAAUUAAAACUCAAGUGAAAGAUGUGACAUGACUUAAAUAAAAACAAAAGGUGAAAUUCGGUGUAAUUUAGUCAAAUUAAAUUUAUCUUUGAUACUGUGUUACAUGGAUGUGGUCUGAUUAAAUAAUAAAUAAAAAUUCGCUUAAUUUGAUUUAAAUUGUACAUUUCAUAGAAAUUUGUUUCCAAAUGGCUUCGAAUAACGGAAUUAACGGUGAUACAAAUAACAGUAAAUUAAAAGAAACCUCCGACAAAUACACAAAUAAUUUCGAUCCCAAUGAAAUAAGUCCGUUGCGAACAGGACAAGCCAAAGAAAGUGUGGGCGCGGACAGUGCGCAAGUGCAGAUCAAUAUGAUACAGCCCGCUGGAACUGAUGACGCUGACGCUUUCGUUCCCAAGAAAAAGGGAACGAACAUAAUUAAAGGUACCUACGAAGCCGUACUGACACAUUUGGACAUAUCGCAGAGAGCAAGAACAUCAUUUCUAAUAGCAACAGCGUUAUGUGCAGUUUUAUUAAUAGUAAUAAUAGCAAUGAUAGCCUUUUGGCCACGCAUUCCAUUCUAUAUGAAGGCAGAAGUGUGUGUGGAGAGAGAAUGUAUGGAAUCAAGCAGUCAGAUACUCUUAUGGGCCAACACAAGCAUAAAUGUGUGUGAUAAUCCGUAUGAAUGGGCUUGUGGAAAAUUUGAGGAUGAGUAUUUGGAUCAACUGCAGCACGAUUCAUUUGGUUUCGCUGGCGGUGAAUGGACUAUGAAAGCACAUGCUGACUAUGAAGAAAUAUCGAAAAUACACGCCUUUAUUGCUCAAAUGCCGCUGGCUGGAUCGACUUUUUCUGCACAAUCAAUGCUUAAAGGCUUACAUUCAACGUGUAUGGCUUCCGAAACUUUGGACAAACAGCAAGCUGAUUCGGAGCUGAAAGAAGCUAUCUUCGCAUUACUUGGAUGGGUUUAUGGAGAAACCUGGCAGGCGAACAGUUGGGAUUUCCGUCAAGCAAUGAUAACGAUUCAGUCCAAAUACGGAGUAUUUCCGUUUUUCAAAUUUUCGGUGGUAAAUAGAAACUCAAAACCUUUCGGUAAUAUUAUCAAAAUAUCUGAAGGAGAAUAUGGUUUGCCGCAUAAAAUGUUUUACAAUUUAGAGACCGAUCAUAAGAUCAUCAGAGCAUACAAACUAUUACUACGAGAUUUUGCCAUCAACUUUGGAGUUGUAUCCGAUAACGCCAGAAAAUUUGCCGACGAAGUUUUCCAUUUUGAAAAACGAAUCGUUAAUAGUUUGCCAGAACGGAGACAACAUGUGAUACUAACUUUAUCAGAUGUGCAAAAGAAAGCACCUUCGUUGCCAAUUAGUGAAACCAUUACUACAACAUUCUCAAAACUAAAUGAUCAAACAUUGAUUUUGGUAGAGGAUGAAGCACUGCUCACUCAGCUAUCGAUAAUCGCAUCGACAACAGAUGAAUCUCCAUUGAAUAACUUCUUAACUUGGUCAUUGGUGCGUCAUUUUUUGCCAUUUAUGUCACGAGAAUAUCGUGCGGCUUUGCAAGAGUUUUAUAGCGAUAUCUACGGAAUUGAGCGACCACAACCAAUCUGGUAUUUCUGUACAAAAUUAAUAAAAAAUUGGAUGCCCUUUGCCGUUGAUGGACUACGACAAAAUCCUCGUUUGAUAGUGACCGCAUCACCCAAUUCGGUCAAUUACAACGGCAACGAUCGAACGAGUGAUUUCCUUAUCCAAGAUCGAACCAACUACAAUCACGAGCUGCUUAAAAUGAUUUUCUACCAUUUGCGGCAUCAAUUGAAACGAUCCAUCGAUGAAAAUGUGGCAAUUGAUCAGGAGAUAACGACUUACAUCAACGACAAGCUAUCAGAGAUGAAGUUACAAAUUGGAAUCCCUGCUGAAUUGCUGAAGGAUGAGGAGUAUUUGAAUAAAUUUUACAAAGAAUUUUAUUGGCGCAAAUUGCACUUCCUUGACAAUUUGGAAUUUCAUUGGACGUUUGUGAAACGCAAAAUGGAGGUGAUGCUGGAACCGAUGAAUGUUACCGAUAAGAUAAUCGCAAAUUUAUAUUCGCUGGCUGGAAGCAAUGACAAUCAAUUGGUUCAAUACUCCAUCGACCUUAACACGAUUAUUGUGUCGAAUCGUGCUGUGGAGAAACCAUUUUUCCACUUCAAAUACCCGAUUUCAUUCAAUUUUGCCAGAAUCGGUGCGGAAUUAUCGCAAUUAUUAUUGAACGCAGUGUUCCGCAUUGGAGAACAGUACAAGGACGAAUUUUAUGCCAACCACAAACUGGUUAAUAAAACAAAGAGUCCGUUUUCACUCGGAGAAACAGAUUGUAUAGAAAGACUAAGCGACCCGAAAAUACCACAAACAGCCAAAGACUCACUGGUAUCGGACGUAACAUCUGGCCGGUUCACAUCAAACUGUUUAGCCGAAUUUCUGCGAUUGAUGGAAGCAUCACAACCCGUACCCGAUUCUGAACUACCCGACACAGUCACCUACGAUCUAUUCGAUCUGCGCCAGAGAAAACGUCAGCCCGGCUUACGAUCAUUUGAUGAUAUGCAGCUGUUUUCAUUGGUUUAUAUGCAACGGUAUUGUUCAGCUACGAAUGGACACUACAAGCAUUAUAAGGCUUUUGUGGAAAUGGAAAUUCCGGCACGACAGGGAUUCAACAUUAACUGGGAACAGAUAUCGUGGCUAAAGAAAUCGUUAAGUUGCACCGCAACGAAAAAACAGUGCAAAAAUAUUGUGUAAAUUUCGUCCUCUGUUUAAAACUUUGGAUUUUAUAAUUACGACUCGGAAUUCCCAAUCUCGAAUGACGUUCCCUAUAUAUUACAUACUUCACCUACUUAUGAUGCAAUGUUAACUGUGUUAGAUAUGGUCCCGAAACAGAUACAAUUCCACAAUCUGCUGCGGUUUUCUAUUAUUUUCGUGAGUGAAUUUAUUCAGUGUAUGGACUGAAUGAUUUUAUUUGUUGACUUUUGAGUAAAAAAAUAUAUAAAACAGAAAUCGUUAUGGCAAAUGCAUCUUGGAUUUUAUGAUUUUACCGCCUUCCCCAGCGAAAGUUGCUCAUUACACAUCAGUUUGCCCGCUGCGAAAAUGGUCCAUUACAAUGAAGAAUAUUUCCGGCUAAUUUACGUGAAUUUUUUUGUCUUUAACAACUCUCUGUCAGGCAAUGAGCCAGAAAUCAUUGGACGCUGUGAAAGUAAUUCAUUAAUUCGGAAACAACUUUGUGAUGCUCGCAAACUCGUUCGUGUGUUUUUUGAGUCACUCUACACUUGUCGAAAAGACAGCUAUCGAAGCUUGUUGGUCACGAGUGAGUUUUCGAGUAUCACAAAACGGGUACCUCACGUAAUGAAUUACUUUCGCAGCAUCCAAUGUAAUAAACUAUUUAAUGUCUAAACGGCUCGAGUCGUCGAUAAGACGAUGCGCCGAAUGAAAUAGUUUCGUUUGUGUUGUUGUCUUAUCUCCAAGAUCUAAAAAUUCUGACAAUUCAUUUCCACAUUUACUUGUUCUUAUGACACCUCUUCAGUCCAUCCGUAGUUCAGACUCAAAAUUUAUUAUCUUCCAAACACAUCAGACCCACCAAUUAACCAUAAUCAUUCGAUCAAAAGGUUAAAAGUCAAAUGUUCGUGUGAAUUUUGUUUAUCCGAGGCGAAGCCGAGAUAAACACACGAAAAUUUGACUCUUCAUUUUCAUCUGAUUUAUGUAAAUUAUCGUUUUACAUGCUGAAGGCGUCGACUGAAAUGAAACAUGGAUCUGGAUCGUAAUAUCACAUAGAGUUGACAUUGCAACAUAAAUCGGUUUAAGCUGAGAGCAUGAUGUGCUGAUAUGUACUCAUUUCAUGUUCACUUCGGCAAAAUUUACUUCGCAUAUAUAAAAAGUCCAGAUUUUAUACGAAUUGUAAUUUAGUUAGCUUGUUAUCGUUAGUUUGACUAAGAUUAAGAAUUAAUUCGAAACAAAACAAAAAAUGUCCAAUGUUAUUCGCCCCAGGCGACUUCAUAGCAAAAAA